GCUGGGGAGGACACCAUGUCAGCCCCAGAGUCCAUGCUGAGUCCCUCCCCCAGACACAGCUGCCCAGACACUGCUACCUCAGGGCAUGGUGAGACGGUUCCUCCAGACUCCCCCAGGAGCUCAGAACAGAGCCAGAGGAGGAGACGCUCCCAGCGCCUGGCCACCGUCAGCCCUGAUAUGAACUCUGACCCCAGCGUGACCUCUCAACCCGCCACCACCCAGUGCCCUGACCUCUCACCCCAUGGGAGGGAGCACAACACAUCUCACAAAGACCCUCCUCUCCAGAGGAUCAAAUGACAAACUCUGUGGAGAAGGCAGAGUCAUCGACCCUCCACAACUACUGUGUCGGCAUACCACCUACACCUUCAUCUGCUGCCUCCAUCCUCACACCAUCUCAUCCACCAAUCACACACAGAGACCAGCUGACUGACGGACCAUCAGCCAAUCAUACGGCAGUGGCAGACAAAUUCCCACCCUUAGCUGCAGCUGCUGGGAGGAGAAGUAUUACCAGGACCUCCAAACUAAACCAACACACCAGGGAGCCAAUCAUGAACACCAAGUGGUGUGAUGACCCAACGUCUCCCAACGACCUGGACCUCUACAAGUGUAAGAUCCCUGGGUGCUCCAAGGCCUUCCGCAAAGCCAAGCUGCUGGACUACCACCUCAAGUAUUACCACAACGCUGACAAAGACCUCCAGGACUCUGAGCUGCCAGGCUCCCCAGAAAGGGCUGGUCGUACCCGGGCCACCUCAGCCUCCAUGCCCACCACCACCACCCUGCUGGAGGUCCCUGACAACACAAAGAGACGCAGGACUGUCUCCACCUCAUCGUCACUGUACCCUCCGGGCCAUAUGUUUUAUACUGGCCAUAUGUCCCUCCACGACAAGAUUCUGAAGAAGGACAAGCACCUGGAGCCAGGGUUAAUAAAGAAUGAGAAGAAGGUGAAACUGGAGGAGAAAUCCCAGGUGAUCGGAAAAAAGAAGGAUAAAGAGCGGAGGGACAGGAAAGAGAAGGAACACUUCAAAAUGAAACAGAAGAAGAAGAAGAAGAAGAAGAGGAAAUCUAAGCAGCACUGUUAUUCUGACUACGAUGACAUGUCCCUGUCCUUCCUGGAGCGAUCUACGGCGUCUGCUCUUCACCGCUCCUCCUCUUCCUCCUGCUCCACCACCAAACAUUACCAGUACCCCCGCGCCAUCCUCUCUGUGGACCUGACCGGAGAGAAUCUGUCAGACAUAGAGUUCCUGGAGGACUCGACCACAGAGAGCCUGCUGUUUAGUGGAGAUGAGUACAACCAGGACUUUGACUCUCUAAACAUGGAGGACUUCCAGGAGGAGGAUGAGGAUGGUACCCAGGAGAUCGUCCGCUGUAUCUGUGAGAUGGAUGAGGAGAAUGGAUUCAUGAUUCAGUGUGAGGAGUGUAUGUGCUGGCAGCACAGUGUGUGUAUGGGGCUUCUGGAGGAUAGCAUCCCGGACCAGUACAUAUGUUACAUCUGCAGAGACCCUCCAGGUCAAAGGUGGAGUGCCAAAUAUCUCCAUGACAAAGACUGGUUGAACAAGGGUCAGAUGUACGGCUUGUCCUUCCUCUCUGAGAACUACUCUGAGCAGAACUGUAAGACCAGCGUGUCCACCCAUCAGCUGUUAGCAGACGUGUUCAGUGUCAACAACGUCCUUCACGGACUACAGCUGAAGAUGGACAUACUACAGUAG